AUGCCCUCGCUCCCCGCCUGCGCCGGCUUUGUUCCUUCCACGCCUUCCGCAGGCGGAAGUCCCUCGGGCAGUCUGCCGGAGCCGUUCAAGCCGUUUGCGGGCCAAAAGCCGCAGCGGCCGAGUGGGCAAUCGGGGGCGACAGCGCAAGGCUUGGAGGGCUUGCCGGCGGCCAGUCUGGUCCGUCUCUUGUCCACCUCCUUGGUCUGCUCCGGCUGCGGCUCCGUGCUCGAGGGCAUCCCCUUCAACAUCGGCUUCUGCUCCGACGCCGACGACCAUCCCUCCUCCCCUUCGUCCCACCACACCCUGCCCCAUUGGCCCCUCUCCAUCGACCACGACGACGGCGCACCCAGCGAUAUCACUCGCGCGCAGGCCCGCCGCUCCACGCUUCCUCGCGCCCGUCACGCCAACCUCUUGUCACUUCUCCGCGCGGCAGAAAGGCCCGGCAUCCUGUGCCCGGUGGCCACGCUUAGGCGUCGGUUUUCCGGGACCGGCUCUUCCAGGACCCCCCUUUUUGGAUACCUCAAAGGUGGCAAACGGUUCCAUUUGACGAGGAAAGAAGUUUUAUCUUGGGUACAGACGGCCCUUGCCCAAAAGGGGGGUGAAGAUUGA